GUGUCAUAGUGGUCUGACCAGCCAUUAUAUAUAUACCUCUGCGUGUCAUUUCCUGUUUAGGUCAGUUAUGUUUGUUUGGGUUGUUCAGUUCUUUGCCUGAGUUCAGUUUUGUUUCUUUGACCUAUUUUAUGAGCUCAGCAUCUUUUGGUUUGUAAAGAUAAUUUUGGGGGCAUCAAAUAAAUGAAAACCCUCAUUUUUCUGAUAAUUCCUGUGACGACUCCUGCUUUUUCAACUCGGUCCAUCACAGUCAGCUUCACCAUGAUGGUGGUUUGUAGUUGUGACCAGAAGAACACAAACUGGGAGUAAUCAGGACACUACAACAUCGGGCAGAAAGUGCUCCCUCUAAGCCUGAAGGGAAAGAAAAAGUAACACACACAUGUAAAGGAAGCUCUUAAAACACGUGGUUAUCAUCAAAUCAGCAAAGAUGCAGAGAAAAGAAGAUCAGACACCAACGAGUGAGGAUCAUAGCAUCAUCAUCAUCCCUGAUGUAGCAGGUUUAUCAGAGACACUCUGGAGAGUCUUCUCCAAGCACGACAUCCCAGUAGACUUCAGAACCACCGACACACUCAGACACAAACUAAACAGUGUAGCUGUGCAGUGCAGCGAGGAGAGCUCAGAGCUCUGGCAGAGCAACACCAGCUCAUUCAGGUGUUUGGGCAGCAGGGGGCGAUGUUUCCUCACACGUCCACUGUGGGCCUCACCUGUUUGUACCUGAAGGCUGUGAACUCACACUGAGGAUGUGAGCUCAGAGUGUGAGGAGCCUGUCACGUGACUCAGACCACUGCAAUAAAAGCAGCACUCACCCCGCCACAAUAAGAGCCCGGCACUGACUUUGAUGUGCAGACGUGAAACUGUGGGCGCUCUCUUCCUCACUCUGUCACUGCGCUGCUAUCUGACCUUCACACUGAUCCUCUGCAGCUCACCUGCUCUUUGACACCCUCUGACUCUCACAGUGACUGGCAGCUGAGGGGGCGGAGCCUGCAGCCAUGUUGGUGGUGGUGUUGUUACUGAUGAUGAUGAUGAAGAGUGACGCAGGCGCUGCAGACAUCAUCAGAGUGUCUGCCAACAGCAGCACGAGUGUCGUGCUGCCAUCAGGCCAGCAGGAGGACCCGAGGACGCGCGGGUACGACAUCAGGUGGACUCAGAUCCCUCACCUGCUGCUGAACUGGAACCGGAGCACGUGCUCCCACGGACGCUGCUCGAUGCUCCCUGACGGCUCGCUUGAGUUCAGCCGACUUCAGACCCAAGACUCCGGAAGCUACACGCUGGAGGUGUUUGACAAGACUGGGUCGAGACUGCAGACCAAAGACUUCCUGCUGCAGGUGACAGGGUUUGCUCAGCCAGCGAAGAGUGACGGCGGCGUGAACACCACUUUCUCCAGGAAGAUGGAGGAAACGACAGACUGGGUAGCGUUACAUCCGGCGGGCCGGGCAAGAAAUCCUCCAGCAGUUGGAGCAGACCACAGCAGCAGCCAUGUGGUGUCUUCAGUGUCCGUCUGCGUUGUCCUGCUGGUUCUGUUGCUCUUCUUCAUCGUGGUCUUCAUCCUGAGGAAGAGGAGGGUUCAGAGGAAGAUGACCACAGGUCAGAAGGAGGAGAAGGAGGAGAACAUUUAUGUGGUGAUGAAGGGUUGCCAAGGUAACAAGAACAAUGAAGAGGAGAAGGAGAAGAAACUGGAGAAAGAGGAAGAGCCCCUCUAUGUUCCCUGCAGUCCUACAGUUUCCUCCCAGCAUGAAGACAGUGUGUACGUGUGAGGACCAAUCAGAGCCCAGCGUGUCUGCUCUGUAUGGAAGCCUUUGAGAGACUUUAUUAAUUGGAGAUAAACUAUCUGAAUUUCAGGAGCAGGACCACGCCUCCAAACACGCCCCUUCCUGUUCUUACCUAUAUUUGACCCCCCAGCUCUACAACCCCCCCUUCUCAUUAGUACUUGGGGACGUCCCCUCUGAGCCUUCCCCAAACUGCGGCUCAGUUUGUGUUUAAGCCGUCUGCCUUGAUCUAAUAAAACUGCUGUCAAGCUAACACGAGGACGUGUGAAAGUGAUGACGUACACCAGUGUUUCCCAACAACACAGGUGUGCCGUGCCUUUCCCGUUGUUACUCUGCUCUGAAGAUGUUACCAUGGAAACGUGGACUAUAUCUCAAGUUAUUUGAUAAAAUGUGACUUUUCUGAAAGCAACAUGUUCAUAAAUAUAAAUAACUUUUAUUUUUCAAACAGUUUUGUUAAAAAUCACAUUCACACUCACUGGACGAUUUAUUAGGUACACCAUGUUAAUACUCAGUGAAGUGAAUUUUGUGGAUUUUGCUUGUUUGUGGAUCAGAUUCAGCGCACUGCUGGAAACCUUCCUCAUAUCUUCUUCAGUAUCUUCUUCAUCCUGAAGUAUUUUGAUAUUUCUCUGUAAAGUCGUUUCCCUUCCUCUGUUUCUUUGUUAUUAAGGUUCUCUGGACAAAUGUUUCUGACAAUAAUUCAGAUUUACUUUUAUUAUCAUUAUGAUAUUUACAUUAUCUUGCAUUGCUGGGAUGUAGAAUCUUUAUACUUAACAGACUCCAAACCCGUCUAAUGGUAUAUUUUUACCCAGCGAUUCCCAGUACCUCCUCACCUCGUCUUGUUUCCUUUUGUACUUUAUUAAAUUUUGGAAACAUUA